AAACGAUAAACAGAUGUCUUCAAAGGGUCGUUCAUUUCGAUAAGAUACCCAGGAAAAGGCUUUGCUCAUACCCUUUCAAACUUCGCUCGGCUUCAACACUCAACAUGCCUCGUCUUUCCUCUCCCUUCGUUCAAACGCAGCUGUCCACUCUCCAAAUCCUCACCUCCAUGUACCCUUCUGAAACGACUCUCACUCCUUCUACGGCUGCUUUCCUGGAAGCUUUUGAAUCGGGGGAAGGAGAGGGUAUCAAACGAUCAGAGCCAUUGGAAGCAGAACUUUCCAUCAAGGUUGAUGAAGAAAGGGAAGAAGAAGUUGCAAUUGUGAUUUCAUUACCCAUCAUCGACGUCGACCUUGAAAACCGUCCGCCAAAUACGCAAGCCGUCGGCGAUGCCGAACCGACACCACUUACCCAUAUUCGCCCUAAACAACCCAUCUGGCUCCCCAACUCUUCUUACAUUAGCGUCCUCUCAUCCCUUCCCUCAUUAUCUCCGGAAGAAGAAGGAAGCGAAUAUAUACUGACAUCUAUUGAACAUAUUCGGGAAUCGCUCUUACCGCAUCUCCCGAAAGAAGGAGUUGAAGAGAGUGAUGGACAGGGGAAGAAACAGGAGAUCAAGAGAGAUGAAGGGCCAGAACAGAGAGUUUGGUUCUGGUUUCCAACGUUAUCAACAAAGGAGAAGAGAAAUGAUAUCGUCCAAUAUGCAGAGGAGAUGGGCCUUACAGGAUUCGUCCUUGCAGGUAAACCGGCGUUAUUAUGUGUAGAAGGCCCAGGAUUGACAGUAGAACGGUACAUGUCUCGAAUCAAGAGUGAAUCAUGGUCCGACAUCCCAUCGUACCAAAAGAAGGUAACAGAACGUUUCCGCCGCCCCCUCAUCCCCCCUGAUCACCGUGCAUUCUCAAAGAUGACAGAAAUAACCCACCUCAUCCCGAAGUAUGGGCAGUACAACCAUCGUGGCGAGAUGAGCGAAGUCAGACGGUUAAUGGAAGAAUGGGGAGUAGGCGAGGAUUUCGGGGCGGCGGUGCUUAACAGUGGUGCUUGAGAUUCAAACUGCAGAUGUAGAAAUUGUGAAUCGCCCGUCUAUCCCGCUGCAGUAUGGCCCAGCAUCGUUUGUUGUAUUGGGGGUUGCGAGUAUGGGGUGCAUAGGCGAGAGGGUAUCACUGCCUCAGGGGUAUAUGAAAAACCGAAAAACGACCAAAAACUAUAAUAUCCAAAAAAUUCAAGCCUAAUACAAGCAUGCCGCAAAUAAGUCUUGGCAGAUCAUUUUGUUCUCGGCUCAUAUACAGUGCGCUAUGCCAAUGCCAUUCCCUCGUGUAGUGUAGACGGUCUCCUUAUAACAAAGGGAUACGGUCAGAACCUCCUUCUCUGAGGCUGGCCGGCAGGCGGAGCCGAAGCGUAACCCUGUGGCACAGGCUGUCCUGGCCUAGCAGGUGGAGCUCGCAUAGGUGGCGGAUUCUGUCUAUACGUCUGUGCGAGAUUCAUCGCUGGAUGUCCGCCCAUGGGCUGCAUAGGUGCGGUGCUAGCUGGUGCAGAGGAGGCGAUACCGGGGCCGAGAACAGCCGAUGCUGAGCGAGGACCGGGAGCAGGACCGACACGCU